AUAUUUACUAAAAAUGCUAUUGUCAUAAUUAUCAUUAUUAUUUUAACUCAUAUAUGUAGAAUAACGAAUAAGCCCAUUCUGAGAUUUCGAUGCAUUCUAAAAAUUCCUGUGACAUAACCUGUUAUGAUCAAUGUACAAAUGAAAGAGUAUAAUAUUCGUAAUCUUUUUUUGAUUUUACAAAUUCAUCAAACUAUCAUUGUACGUAAUUAUACUGUAUAAUUGAUUACUUUGUAAUGUUCCAUGUGUAAGAAAUGUUGAAAAGCAAGUAAAAAUGUUUAUCCGUGAACUGAAAGUGCUACUUGAUACCGUUUCAUCAAAGCGGUGGUAGAAUCAAGAACUUCUAGGUUUCGGAAAAAUGGAGGUCGCAGCUUGAUCGAAAUCGUGGAUCCACCUCGUUUAAGAAGAGUUAAAUUGCGUUAUUUUUUUGUGGGAUAAUACAGUUCUAAUACGUUUCCUUGAUUCUUGGUAUUCUAUUUUAUUUAUAAAUUCAAAAUCUAUAAAGUAAAGACCGAUUUUUACGCAGUAAAAUGCAGGAGAGACGGUACAUCUCUAUUUUUUAACAAGAUAAUACGUUGGAUAUACAACGCUCAAUACAAAAUGAAAUCAAAGACAAAAGCUAAAAAAUCAAAUGGGAAAUUUGGGAAAGUUAAAUUUUCUCCUAAAGGAAUUACUUCUGUAAAUCCAGACUUAUCACAACUACAUCCGCCUAUAGACAUAAGUGAUUCGACUUUAUAUCGUGUGAGCAAAAUUUUAGAAAAUGGCAGUGAUGAAGUUAGAUCUAUUCUGGCAUAUGAAUGUGAUUUAGUAUAUGAAUGUCGCAUAUGCCGAAGCCUUUUUAGAAGUUUGGUCAAUUUUAUUUCUCAUAAACGUGUCUAUUGUAAAGAAAAAUUUGAUGUUACAUUUGUUAGGGACUCCUCCAACGAUUAUGAUAUAACUUCUACGAAUAAUUUAGACAUACAAAAAACGCAGGGCCUAUUUAAAGAAGGAUGUGGAAAUGAUCGAAUUUUAAGAAGUCAAGCUUGCAAAGAAAAGGAAAAGAAGGAUCUCACCGCGAUUGUUAAUACGCUCCAGAAAAAACAAAUAGAAAACAUACAAACAAACACUCAACGAUUAUGUUUGGAGACUGUACAUUCAAAUUCAUCGGCAGUAUAUCAAACUGUUGAAUCAGUGUUUUCAACUGAGAGUAAUACAGAUUUAAUGAAAGCACAGGUAACAGAGCUAAAAAAUAUAAAUGAGAGGACUGUAAUGUUAGAUCUGAAUGGCCAAGUCUUAGAAUUUAGUCAAAAGUUGAGUGGUAAUACAGUAACUCAAGUUCGUAAUAAUGAAGAAAGUGAUAAGGAAGUUAUUUGUCCUAUAUGUUAUGCAAAAUUUUCAACGAAAAAAACAUUAACAGUUCACACAAGGACACUACAUACAUCUCACAGGUUAUGUUACCCAUGUCCUUGUUGUUCUAGUACAUUUGCAAAUACGUGGAGUGUUUAUAGGCAUCUCUUUAAAGUUCAUAGAAAAUCUAAUGAACAAGUGAGGAAACUCAGAUCACAAAUUCAAGAGAAAGCAUUUAUUAAAGAUACUACCAUUGCUGAAGAUUUACAAAAGGAGGAUGCUCAAAAAACUUUAGUGAAUAGUGCACUAAGGGCUAAUGAAACACAGGAAUGGAUAGAUCAGUUAGAAUUGGAUACAGAGUUACAAAGAUGUGGUGGAUGUGGAAAGAGAUUUGAUAGAAAAGCAGCGUUAUCAGCUCACUUGCAAUAUUGUAAUAGGCGUGUUGCAGCAUAUGAAAGUAUAACUAAAGACAAAAAGAUCAAUAAAAUUCCAUCAAAUGAUGUUUCAAAUGGAGAUACUAAUGAAACAUCUAUUCGCGUGGAAGCAGUUGCCAGUUUAAGUAAAGCCGACUGGGAUAUGUUAAAUAGCGAAGGAUUAGUUUCACAAAAUGUAUCUAAUGGAAAUGUUGCAAGAAUUCUUACAAAUGGAGUACAAGAAAACUUGGUGAAAGACAAUCUUUCUUCUGCAAGUGAUGUUUCUGACCCUUUAGAAAUUGUGUAUACUAGUAUAAACAAACAUAAAGCUAAUAUUGGAAGCAAGAAACGAAAAAAUAAGGAAAGUACAAAAAGAUUGAAUAAUAAUGCAGAAAAUAUUGCAAAAGGCACAUCUGUAGAAGCGAACGUUGGGCAUGACACAGCAACUGAAAAACUGGAUCAUGUAUUAUCAAUGGAAAAGAAAGUAGCUUCAAUAGUAAACUUUGAGAAGCUUCAGUGCCUUCCAUGUAAACGAAAAUUCCCUUCUGUGCAUAAUCUAAGAAGACAUGCUGCCAUUCAUAUUGGAUGGAAUCGUUAUCAAUGUAGACUUUGUGACUAUAAGUGUUUCGUUAAGUGUGAUUGUAUAGCACAUUGCAAUAAAGUUCACAACGCUCAAAACAAUCGUGUUGUUAUAGAUGAAAUGAUAACUCAGAUACCAGAUGACCAGUAUUUGUGUGGUCAAGAUAUUACGUCGAAUAUAACGAAUUUAGAACAGGAAAUUGAUGCUCCAGAAGUUGUAGAAGUUAACAUUACACCAGGAAAUAUGGGAUUAGAAGUUAAAAUGAGAGAGAAAGGGACGAAUGAAACAGAGACAAAAAUAGUUGAUAAAAAUUCAAUAGUAGUUCAUGAAAAUGGUAAAACUCAAGAAACUAUGGAUAAUGGUAUUAAAGAAAAUAAUUUGGGAGCGGAUCAAGAUCUUAGAAAAAUGGUGAUGGAAGUUAUCUUUGGAUCUUCUGAAGUUCACUCCGCAAAACAAACAGGUGUGAAAGAAACUGAACACUCUAGUUCAAAAUUACAAAAUAAAGGGGAAGGAGCACAAUUUAAGGAUUCUAAUUUAAAGGAAAGUGCGUAUAUGCAAGACAAUUUAAGACCCCAGCGUCCUAUUCGUAACAAAAUAAAGCCUCUAAAUAAGGAUUUCAUCUACGAUUUAAAGGAGGUCACAUUUCGUAAAGAUUCUUUGAUCGUGAAAUCUUUAAACAAGCCACUUGCCAAAAAAUCUCCGGUACAGGAAGACGACAAUUUGGAGAAAGAUUUAGACCAGCCGUCCAAGCGUUUUAAACCUAUAGAAAAUGAAGAAAUAUUAAUUCCUUGUGCAAAUAACUCCAUAGUAAACAAAUGCGAAAUUGAACUCAGUAGAGGUUUUAAAAAUAGUUUUACUGUUUCUCAGUGCCGCAAUUAGUAAACAUUGUAUCAUAAUAGAGUCUCCAUUCAGUCAGCAAUAUAUUGUUUAAAUUGAUAUUAUUCAUCUUGAUGAACAAAUUUUUAGUAAAUUUUUAAACUGUAUUCU